AUUUAAUGUUUUUUAGUUAACUGUAAUAGGCUAAAAAUAUUUAAAUCAGUUUCUUGUGUGAUCUUUAAACUGUCAUUCUAAAAUAGCAAUAUGGUCCAGUGAUUUGUUUCUUCUUCUUUUUUUUUAAAUCAAAACUUUUAUCAUUAGGCUAUUUGUGAUUUUACCAUCAGUAAGUCUAAAAAUCGAUCCCACUUCACAAUUCCCCUUCUCUUUACCCACGUUGUAAGUUCCUCUUCUGCUAAAAUAGUGAUAAAGGCCACAACUCCAAAACCUCUUCUUCUUUUUUUCUCGUCUCCCUGCAUCCUUUCUCCCUCCAUCUAUCCCAUCAGCACCAGCAGGUGUCUCAUCGAGCCGCUGUAAUGGGCGGGUAUUUGGGGUUUUGUGUGAACGGUCCGCUUUAAACGCCUUCAUUAUUCGUGAAAACAGUCCCUUGAUAACGCAGUUUUUUUCACUCUGAUAACAGACGAGGGGAGCGCGGGGGAACAAAAUAACGCGGGAUCUUUUGAGAGCUGUGGGUUCACAAUCCUCUUGAUUCCCAAUGGCAGACAGUCUGCCUUCAGGAUUACUGGAAGCAUGCAUCGUUGUUGGACCUGCAAAUGAUAAACUGAAGGAGGUGUCCCAGUCUUUGCUGCAGGUGAAUGGAAGUCCUCUCCCACAGCUGGAUCCUGAGGUCCUACAGAUCCAUGUACCUCCAUUUGUGUCUAAAGAGAGCCUCAGUGAACCAGUCGAGAGAAACUUCAGUCAGACCCAGCAACAGCGCCUCUUUGUUAAGAAGAAAAAUGAUAUGUCUGAUAUUAUGACUGGAAACCCCAAAGAAGUAACUACAGAGAACGUUAGUGUUCCCAAAGACCUGGAUCUGGUGGCUCUGCCACAACUCUGCUUUCCAGGUGGGCUUCAGAUAACUAAGAAACAAGAGGAUGAACAAUUUCACUUCCUAGUCUUUACUGACAUGUUUGGAAACCAGUCUCAUGGAGUAGUUCUCCAGUACUUUAGAGCAACACAGGAAGGGAUUCAGAAUGGACAUCUGUCCUCGUGCAAGUCUCCACAACUCUACAUUGCUUAUGCAAUAUGUGUUAUAUCGAAAUACCCAUAUUACAAUGCACUCAAAGACUGUCUGUCUAGCCUCUUAUUUCAGCUCCAAAUCUGUCAAGUGACUGAUAUGGAAGAGCAAGUGAGGGAGUUCUCUGCUAAACUGGCUCUAGUCCCAGUUCCUCCUCCUGGUCAGCUGUAUGUGAUGUUCACCUUACGACCUCUGGCGAUUGUCCUUCCAUCCAGAGAAGAUAAGUCUCAUCCUGUUAUCGACCUGGACCUACAUCUUCCACUCCUCUGCUUCAAGACCAGAGAGCUGCUGCAGAUCAUAGCCAGUAUACUCACAGAGCAGCGUAUGGUGUUCUUUUCCUCGGACUGGGCCAAACUGACCCUGACCGUGGAGUGUCUCAUGCUGUAUAUUUGGCCCCUGCACUGGCAGCACCCACUGGUGCCUAUUCUGUCUCAACAUAUGCUGGACUUUGUCAUGGCACCGACUGCCUUCCUCAUGGGAUGCCACAUCAGCCAUUAUGAGGACGUUGCUGAGUUAACUGAAGAGCUGAUUCUGAUCGAUAUCGACGAAGGCACCGUGUCCUGCUCUGGCUGUUAUUACAUUGACGUCCCUGACACCCCACAGGCAGCUGCUCAGCGUUUCAAGUGUCGAAGGGAAGGUCUUCAAUUACACUAUGACCUGGAAGUGGUUCAUCAGAGAAUCUGUAGCAAUCUUAAUGAGCUGCGGAUGCAGAGGAAGCGCUGGCAACACAAGCUCAAUUUGGAAAUACAAAACAUCACCCUGGAGCUCAUCGUUAACAUGUUUAGAGAUGUCAGUGAUUACCUUAAUAAGGAACACCGAGUUUUUAACACUGAUGAGUUUCUGAAGACCAGGGAGCCAGGCGACCAGCCAUUUUAUAAAAAGGUCUUGGAAACGCACAUUUUCCACUCAUUCUUGAAAGAACGUUUAAAUGGAAAAAUAGAUAAAUUUUCCCAAAUGGAGGUUAUCACUCAGACAGAAGACCAAAAAUUAAGUAGAUCGAUGGAUUACUCACGCAGACCCACUAUAAAGGAAAUAGUUUCGCGAAAUGGUUCUUUAGACAGCAGUUUGAGUGAACGCUUGGGCUCGAGUCUCCCUGACCUGGACAGGAGUGUCCUCAAACAGAUCAUUCCUGAUAAGCCUAUGAAUAUACCAGUCAGGCCGGUCAAGAUCCUCCAGCUUCCAGAAUUCCCUUCUCCACUGAACUACCCCAACAUACUCCAUUACUUUGGAGAUCUUAUUCUCCAGCUGAACAAAGUCAUAUCAGCCACACCAGCUCAGGAUUCCUCCCUGCUAGCACGAUACUUGUACCUGCGCGGCCUCAUUAACAUGCUGAGUUCGAAGCGAUUGGAUGCCCUCAGCGACUUCCAGAACCUCUACAAAACAGAUAUUGAGAUUUUUCCUGGAGAGCUGGUGAAGACACUGGUGGACUCUCUGCAGAACGAGGAGAAAGUCCAGGCAGAGAAGAGAUCUGAGCUCAAACGGCUCAUCUGUCAGGUGAAGAACAAUGAAAAGAGCGAGCAUGAGGAAUCUGACUAUCACGUGAAGAAGUUCGAGCUGCCCAAGAGCCCCAUGCAGCUGGAGGAGUUUGUGAAGUGUGCUCAGCAGUCUGGUAUUGUGCGGGACAUGGCCACUUCACAGAGAUUGUUUGAAGCUCUCACUGUCGGUGGGCCGCAGCAGAUUCAUCCAGAGAUGUUCCGAGUGUUUUAUAACUUCUGGAAACAGGCCGAGGCAGAAGCUCAGCACAUUGACCUGCCUGCUGAGGUCCUGGAACGCCUAGACAACAGUGAGUGUGUGUACAAGCUGUCCAGCUCCGUCAAGACCAGUUAUGGUGUCGGUAAAAUUGCCAUGACUCAGAAAAGGCUCUUUCUGCUGACCACAGGCAGAUGUGGAUACGUUGAGAUUACCAAGUUUAGGGACAUUGAGGAAGUAAAGAUCUCCACUGCUUCAUUCCCGCUUUUGAGGAUCCCAUCUCUAAAGAUCAAGAACAGCCUAAAGAGAGAGAUAUUUGAGGCUAAUUUGAAAUCUGAGUGUGAACUGUGGGUCCUGAUGGUCAAGGAGAUGUGGGCUGGGAGAUUGAUGGCAGACAAUCAUAAGGACCCUCAGUAUGUGCAGCAGGCACUGACCAAUGUCCUGCUUAUGGAUGCAGUGGUGGCCUGCUUACAGACACAGAAGGCUGUUUGUGCUGCCUCCAAAUUGGCAUAUUAUGAAAAGCGACGACAGCAAGUCCCCAUGAUCAUCCCCAGACCCACAGCAGAGGCGCUGAAACACAAGAUCAAUCCGUCCCAGAACAUGACGAAGCCUCAGUCUGUCGAUGUCUUGCUCUACACUCCAGGCCAGUUAACUUUCCCAGACAGAGAUGUGGAUGGAAACCCUAAACUUUGGUGUGCUCUCAGCUGUGGGAAAGUGGUCGUGUUUGAUGCUGUCAGUUGGUCCCUGAAGCAAAACUGCAUUCAUUUAGGAGAAUCUCGACUGAACUGCAUGAUGGGAUUGGACCAGGAGCAGGUGUGGAUUGGUUCUCAGGACUCCGUUAUUUACAUAAUCAACACUCGCAGUAUGCUGUGCCAUAAACAGCUGACUGAGCACCAUUUUGAGGUCACAGACUUCGCCCUGGAGAAACUGAACCCUGAGAACAGAUCAAGCCAAGCGCAGGUGUAUUCCUGUAGUGCAGAUGGCACUGUGAUCAUUUGGGACAUCCCUUCUCUGAAGGUGAAGAGGCAGUUUCAUCUGUCCUGUGACAGACUGCAGUCCAUUCAAGUCUACAAUGAUGUCUUAUGGUGUGGUGCUAGAGAUUGUGUCAUGAAGCUGAGUCCCAGUGGAGCUUUGCUUUGUAAGAUUUUCCUCCCAGAUGAAGUGAAGACCACAUCCUUCAGCAGGGUCACACUGCUUAUAGAGAAAAGACAGAUCUGGACAAGUUUCACAGACUCAGCAGAGCUUUGUGUAUGGGACUCCAGUGACCCUGUCAAACCACCUAAAUGGGUCACACUCCCCAACUGUAGUGGGGUCACCUGUAUGAUCAGAGUGAAAGAUCGAGUCUGGAUUGGUUGCAGUGGAGGGUCGGGCCUCAGUAAUGUUAUGGGGAAGAUCUUUGUGUUGGACUCUGAGAGCCUGACGGUUGAGAAGGAGCUUGAGGCCCAUGAAGACUCUGUUCAAGCUCUCUUCUCAGCAGAGGACCGAUACAUACUCAGCGGCUCUGCAAAACGUGAUGGCAAAAUCGCCAUCUGGAGAGUAGAUUAAACAAAUUGACACAACUUGAUUGUAAGUUUUAUCAGCUUCAGAAACAGGUGCAUCAGGAUAUAUGACAUGCAAGUUGUUCCGUAGCAGUCUUAGCUUAGGGGAAGAAAUGUAUAUGCUGUUUUCCUUAAAAAAAAGUGUCAUGUAAUGAGACUUCUACAAGGAUUCUAUUCUACAAAUAGUCCUAUGUUAAGAAUGCUAUGAUCUCAACGUUCUCUUUGGAAAUAUAUUUCUUACGGCUUGUAGCUGUAAAACAUAAUAAAGUUUUAUAUCUUUUGGAAUUAAUUUGAAAGCUUUCAGUCUUUUGAAAGCUGUUCUUAUUUCAAGAAAGCUGAAUAUAGAAUCGGGUGAGGUUUGUGGAGCUGCCAUGUACACAAUUUCCUGAAAAGCCCUGGAUCAAAGGGAAUUGAGGUCCAAACACCAGCACUGCCUGAGGAUGGACUGCAGCCAUAAUGAGUAGAUUGUGUAACAGUGUGCCAGUCCUUGUGGUGUCUCUGGAGUGGCUUGUAAGAGUGUAUGAAACCCUCUUUGAUAGACACUACUGUCUCGGUUUUUGUUAUUGUAGAUCGUAUUUAUUUUAUAUCUGAAAUGUUUUGGGGGAAUCUCACACAGAAAUGCCUGGGUUGUAUUAAUUGUCUUGUUUUCUCUUUCUUCUUUUUAUAUUUGCAUGAAGUAAAAGUGUAGUAAAUAUGUCGAUUUUGUUUUUUUUAGAUACAUUGUAGGCCUGGCUAAAAUUGUGCUUGCAUUUUAACAAUAUGUGACCCUGGACAACAAAACUAUAAUAAGUAGCACAGGCAUAUUUGCAGCAAUAGCUAACAAUGCAUUGUAAUUGUAAAAAAUUAUUAAAGGUAUUAAAAUAGGAUAUUAUAACUAUCAUGUUCCAUGAAGAUAUUUUGUAAA